GUUAGAAGGUUUAACUUAUAAGGAUAAGGGAGGUAAUUCGUUCGUGUGACGUAAACAAUGUACUUAAGUAAGUAGGUCAGUUGAACUUGUUUAUCAAGGCAUUCCGAGUCUUUCGCUGGGAUUUCUCGUCUAGCAUAAGUGUAAGGACAUGUAGGAAUGGAAGUGAAACGGAGUUCACUAAGCAAACAGGACUCGAGCUUCGAGGACCCGUUUUCAGUCCAUCCAUGGGACAGCCUUAUCACCAAACUAUGCCACGAGUUCUCGGUCGAAGAUUCAGACUUCGACAACUUUCUCAGAAGCUCAAAAUUUCGAAUCGGGGAUGAUAACUACAGCCGAAUCCAACGUCUUGACGGGCGCACUGGCCGGAAAUACCACGCGUUCUUUGAUUGCCUGGAAAAGAAAUUCAACGGAAAGGACGAGACUGUUGAGUUUUUGAUAAACUUGACUGCAAGUUUAAACUUUCACGGGGAUUCAGGCAGUGUGCCAUUCACAAGGGUGUUCGAACAAUAUAAGCAAGAAAGCGCAAAAUAUCACAGACAAUUUACAGCAAAAGGGCUUGAACCUGACCCGAACUUUGUUGGAAGAGUCGAGCUGUCAAGUAAAAUCAUAGAAAUUCUUCAGAAACGGCCGGAUGAAAUUGGCUUAAGCUCCGAGAGACAUCCAAUAGGAGUCGUCCUUUGCGGGCUGCCUGGAAUGGGUAAGACAAGUUUAGCAAGCCAGAUAUGUUACAUCAUGAGGUUUGGUUCCAAUGUCGUAAGAAACUGGAAUAUCAUCGUCGUCAAUCAAAGGGACAAAAGAGAAGUUGGAGAGCUACUGGCCGAUCUCAUCUACAGCAUUGGUAAAGAUAUGGGAAAUGAUGAUUUCGUAUGUGAGUUUAACUCCGUGACUUGUCAGAGAGAAAAGGUCAUGUCUCUUCUAAAAGACCUUGGCGAGCGUAAAGGAGAUUACCUAGUACUUCUUGAUAACAUGGACGGACAUUUUAAUCCUGAACACUCACCUUGCGAAGAGUUCCUGACAGAAAUCUUUGAUACAAUUGCAAAAGUUGACAAUAUCAAAGUUGUUAUGACCGUCUGCAAGUCGGUGUCGAAAUCAAAUGCAAGUAAUUUGUUCGGUGGAAAAUCAGCGUUUAGAGGACAUGUGAUAGAAUUUAAGCUAACCGGCUUAUCAUAUGAGGACGCGGAGCAAAUUAUGACCAAAAUCAGCAGGCGGGUAGAUCAGCAUAAAUUAGACCCACGUUUAUGCAGACAAGCAUUUGAUGCUUGUGACGGAAACCCCAUGGGGAUAAAGGCAUUGUCUGUGUUACUUCGUGACCCGUAUAACGAUGACUUCGUACGUUCGUCGUUUAAAACUGGGGAACUGUUCAACGUGAUGUCAUGUUUGAAACAAUCCUUCGCCAAGACAAUCCCAGAAUGUCUUCAGAGGUUUAUUGCUAGAUUAUUUGUUUUCAAUACGAAUUGGUUUUCCGUUAAAGAUGCACAGUAUGUUUCACAGAACGAAACUUACGUGUCUCAACGGUAUUGCGCUGAAACAAUUAAGGAACUGCAAAGGCAUCAUAUACUCGAAAGAGACUUCUUUUCUAAGAUGCGACAAAAAUCUGGGAAGCAAGAUGAACGAUCGUGCGAGCAAGAAAAACGGUUCGCUUUCCAUUCCAUUAUUGCUGAAUUUUUGUCACAAACAUGCAAAGAAUCGGCGUGUUUCAAACAAGAAUAUAUUGAUGGCAGGAAGGCUUUCCUUUCCUAUUUCUGCAAACGUAAUAGAAAAAUCUGGCCGGAAGAUGAAUGCUCGCAAUCCGUUAGAAAUAAAGGAACUUUUGGAAGAACUCAAGCCGCACCUCAGCUUGUUUUUCAAACUGAUCUUAGAAGAGAAAGAAUCGCUUUGUUCACUGUUGAACAAAGGAAAACUACCAUUAACUAUUAGAUGCAGUUACAUAUGGGAUGUCUCCGAGUUCACAAACGCACAAUAUUUGAAGAUGAUGUUCGCAAAAAGGCAAGCUCAGCUUGCUGAGAAAGCAAAAGAACUUAUGCAGUUCAUUUAUUGGAAAUCAACUGAAGCCACGUGUUUAAUGAAAAGCGACAAGUUGAAUAUUGCUUUAGAGUAUAUGGACAAUAUCAAAGGUCAGUUUGAAAUUACAGAUGCUGGACAAUUGGCCUACAGUGCCGAUGGAUGGAACGUAGAAAAGGCGGACGAAGCGUUUGCUUUUUACACUUUUUACAAAAUUUAUGGGACUAUUUACCUUCGAAUGGGAACCAAGGAAAACAAUAAGGACAAAUUGAAUAUAGCAUUGGUCAAGUUUGGAAAAGCGAUGGAUAUCAUACACAGCGAACGUUCAAAGAAAUUAAAAAAGGUCUUUAAAUCGGAUAUCGCGAUAAUCCAAAACCUUCAUGGGUGUGUUUAUUUUAGCAUUGGUGAUUUAACAAACGCUCUAGAAUGUCACAAGUCUGCAAAGGUAUCAGAUUGUACUAGACCCAGUUUUGUCAGUCAAAGAUUUGAAUUUGCUGCAAACAUAGCUGCGUGCUAUCAACAGAUGGGAUUGAACACAAAGAUUGAAAACGAUCGCAUGAAACAUUUAAGCUAUGCGCUAAAAGAAUAUGAUAACUGCAUCGGUCUCAACAAGCAAAUCGGAAUGCAGCAUUCCACGACCUCUCUGACAAUUCUUCGUAACCGUGCGGACGUAUUUUACGUUAAAGGUGAACUGGAAAGAGCACUUACAGACGGAAACAAUGUACUGAACAUUGCAAGACAAUUGUACGUCUCCCCACACGUUGAUAUAACGGUGGCAAUAGAGCGAGCAGCGUGCUACCAUUUCAAACUCGGGAAAAGAUUAAGGGAUGAAGACGGAGAAAUAGGAACUGAUUUAAUGCAAAAGGGUCUACAAUUAUACGAAGACAUGUUAUUUGAGAUUUGCAAUGGUGGUCUUCUUCCCUUUGAAAACAACGACGAUCGAGUUAUUUUUUCUGAGCUGGAAGAACUUAUAAAGAACCGUCAUGAUCCUGCUCAACCGAACAUUGAUCGAUCCGUUUACAUUGAGGCACUUGAUCACAUUAAAAAUGGCGACAGUUCGAUGUGCGACGGUCCCAAUAGGAUUGCAUAUCAACAUUUGAUUGAAUGGCUACGAAAUCGUAGGAUGCAGCUCCGAACUAACAAGCAGUACAGGAAUGCGAAAGACAAUCAUAUAAAACUGAUGGAGAAACUUGGUCUCAGUAAGAAGGCCAUCGAGAAAACUAAACACAAGUAUCAGCAGGAUUUCGAACUAGGGAAAUUCAACAAACUCAUUAACAAAAAACAGUCCUAUGUCCCCGAUUAUGAAGAACAGGAACGUGUUAGACAAGCUAUUGCAGCUGGUGCGGAAAUCAUACUAGAUCCAAAUCAGAAAGAUAUGCAUCAGAUUGAAAGGGCCUUUGGUGGAAUCGACUGUUGCCUUGAUAGUGGUUCUUUUGACAACCAUGAUCAAGAUCCAUCUACUUCUGAUAACAAAGAAGAUCGUGAUAUCGAACAUAUGUUAGUAGGCAAAAGACGAGAUCUUAGGAGACAAAGAAGUAUUGAUGGUUCCAGUGAUGUUUUAAAUUCCAUCGUCGCUGAAGGUGAAGUAAAACUACGUAAUUUGUCCACAUCAAAAUCAAGUCGGUCUUCUUUAGGGAGCCUUAAAAGAAAAAGUUCAUCGGUGUCAUCGUCAGGUAGUUUUACAGAACCUUGGCUAAAAACUUCAAGUUUUUCAUCGCAGACAAGUCAGGGUGAAAGUAGUUUUGAUAAUGACAUAAUCGAGUAUGACGAAGACGAAUUACGUGCACGUGACUGCGAUCAGAAACGACAAUCGUGGGCAAACGCUGGUAAACAAGAGUCUAUCUCCAGCGAAUUAUCGAAGUUGCAGGUCCUCGAUGACGAGUUCGAGCCAGUCCCGAAACAAUUGAAGGUUGAAGAAACCGACGACAAAUGAACGAUUGAAGCAAAUGAGAUUAAUGGUUUGAUUUAGAUUAACUUUAAUUUAUAUCUUUCAAUAAUAUAAUAUCGAAGCAAUGUUUUCAAUACCAUGAUUGACAACAGUGGUGUUGCAAUUUUUUGUUGAAAGACCAGAUGUUGACGUACAGUCAGGUAAGCAUACAUGGCACGUAGAUAUUAAAGCACUCUUAAAUUAUAUACUGUAUAUAUUGUUUUGUUCUCUUUAUAGUGUUCGUUAAAUUUACUAGUAGUAUGACUUGCAGCAGAAUAAUAUUUGUCGUAGGCUGCAUUGAUAAGUUUAGCGUGUAAUAUGUCAAAUAGAUUAUACCCUUAGGGCCUUGCAAGCAUAAAGCAUGUUGAUAUGUUUUCAAAUAAACAAGACGUUUUUAGGCAAAUGUGCGCUUUUUUCACUUAAACAUGGAGGAAAUUACCCAGUAUUUUAUAUGGCGGGGACUUGUUUUAUUUUAACUUUUCGAAAUUGCCUCGACACAUUUCGAAUCUCGAUCGAACGGCUAAUAUUAAUUAACAUUUAAUUACAUUUGAUCUCAAAUGACAAUAUUUUGUAACAAAACCUUACUUUUUGUGUUCAUUAUAUUUGUUUCGUAUUAUAAACAAAAUUCAAUUUAUAAAAGCAUUUGCAUUAAUGAAUUUAUUUAAUUUUAAAUUCCAUUCAACAUCUGAUAUUCAUUCCAAGUAGAAUAUAGAUCUCAAUGUCACUUUUUACAAAACCUUAGUGUUCAUUAUAAUUUUACCCGCAUAAUAAAAUAUGCAUAUUUACAUAUUUGUUUAUAUUUAUAUGAAAGUAGUAAACUUUGAUUUGACGGCUUAUUUUAUUCCGAGUAAAAUAUAAAUGAUCUCAAAUGUCACUUGCUAUCAAAAUGUACAUACAAUGUUCAUAGUAAUUGUAUCUGCACAAUAAAUUUGAUUUAAUAUUUCUUAGAUUUUUAUAUAAAUGCAUUAAACGGAAUACAUUUACAUAUUAUGCAGUAACUGUUAUAUAUUUAAUAAUCGUCAUUUUCAGAUGAAGUUAAUACUUCAGUGUUUGCAAUAUAUAUUAUAUGGCCCAUCUCAAUCGUCAUUCAUUAUCGUCCUUCCAAAUUAACAAAAAAAAGUGGAUGUAAAUUAUCUCAUCAAGCGCGAAAUUAACAUCAUUUAUGUUCUUAUGCAUUUUGCAAUUACUUGCUGAUUUAAGUAUAUUGCAUCGAAGUUCCUUUAAUAUGAUAGUGUCAUGUAAGUUAAAUUUGGCAGUUGAUCGAAACACGAAAAUAAUAUUUAUCUGCAAUGAUGGUCAUUCAGCUCAGUUUAACAUGUUGUAGGUGUUGCGCUAAUAAGCAAGAUUUAAAUCAAAAUGCAAAGAUAAUCCGUUGAAGAGAAUAUUCUCUUUUCGAUUAUCCGAAAGUGCUUGUCAAUACUUGAAAUUUAUUAGCCCUAUUUGGUCAAUGAUAACACUAGCGCACACAAUUUUAGCAAUGACACAAAUAACAACUUAAAUACUUUUAGAGAAAGAGGCCGCAAAAUCGAAGUAAAUGCCUUGUUUGUGCCUGAGUUGUUUAAAAAAUUAUAAUGAACUCCGCAUAAUGCACACAUGAGCACCAUUGUUAUAUGAGUCUAUAUAUUUAGAGGCUAUUCUUGUUAGAAUAAGCUUAUGUUUGGUUGCUUGUUAUUCACAUAGCUAUACAAAUACAUUUACACUGUCUUUUUGUAUAGGUUUGUCUCAUUCAAAUAUAAAUGCAGAAGAUUGUUUGAUACAUCAUAUAAUACAUAGGAUAAUAAUGAUUUUUGAAUUUAAUUAGAGUUCAUUACAUGUAGAUUACUUUGUUGUUGUUUAGCUCUACUGGCCGAAGGCCUGGAGAGCUUAUGUCAUGGCGUGAUUUCCGUCGUCCGUCCGUGCGUGCGUGCGUGCGUGCGUUAGACUUUUUUUUACGCGAUAAAGUCUACAGUUUUCAUCCGAUUCUUUUCAAACUUGUUCAGUGUCCUUAUAUUAAUGAGGACUCGAACCCUAUUGAAAAUGGAUUACAUCAGAGUAAAAAGUCCAGAAUUAUCUCCCCUUGAAUUUGAGAAAAUUGUGAAAUAAGGCUUGUUGACGCAAUGAAGUCCACAGUUUUCAUCCGAUUCUUUACAGACUUGUUCAGUGUCUUUAUUUUAAUGAGGACUCGAACCCUAUUGAAAAUGGGUUACAUCAGAGUAAAAAGUCCAGAAUUAUCUCCCCUUGAAUUUGAGAAAAUUGUGAAAUAAGGCUUGUUGACGCAAUAAAGUCCACAGUUUUCAUCCAAUCAUUUCCCAACUUGCACAGUGUCUUUAUCUGAAUGAUGAGUCAAACCCUAUUGAAAAUGAGCAAUAUCGGAGUUAUAUGUCCAGAAUUAUCACCCCUUGAAUUUGAGAAAAAAAAAUCUUUAACAUUUUGCCAUAACUUUUGCAAUAUUAAAGAUAGCAACUUCAUUUUUGGCAUGCAUGUGUAUCUCAUGGAGCUGCACAUUUUGAGUGGUGAAAGGUCAAGGUCAUCCUUCAAGGUCAAAGGUCCAAAAAAAUUCAAAGCGGCGCAGAAGGGACCAUAGUGAUUCCGACAAACACAUUUCUUGUUUGUUUACAUAUAAAGUUCUAUCCUUUUGAAACUUCAACGGAUGUUUUAUAUCAUCAAGGGCCAGAACCCCAUUGAUAAUGAAGAAAGUUUGUCCAAUUUAUUGUUGAAAAGGAGACAUUUGAAGUUUAAAUUUUACGUUUCUUCUUGUUUAUGCGAUAAAUUUCCCAUUUUGAGUCUGUUUAUUUAAAACUUACUCAGAUUGUUUAUACUAUCAAGGGCUUGAGCCCUAUUGAUUCCAGUCAGUAGAGCGAUUCAGGCCCUCAUGGGCCUCUUGUUAUUAUGUACCACCUGUGUGAUUUAUAGAAAAACUGUAUGACAGAUUUUUCUUCUCUCGAAAAUGGUGUACAAAGGUCACAUAGACGAUAUUCGAAAUGUAUAUUUUUAAAUUGUCAGAAAUUGUUUAUCGAUAUUUUAAUUUCUUUCUUUUCAAGAAUAUUGUGUAUAUCAAUCGUAUAAUACUUAAAUGAAUAGAAUGGAUUCGCUUUCAUUAUGCGUUGAACAAAGAUAAAUCUGUAAUAUAUUUGCUUUUGACUUUGCUGCGUUAAAGUGUGGCCACGAUAACCAAUCUCAAUAAAAUCAACUACUUACGCUCGCUGUAAUUGUCGUCAACUUUAAGCGGAAAGUGUAGGAGCGUCGGACUGGAGUUGGUUUUCGUAACAUUGACAUAAAUUGACAUUGACACUGUUUAAAGUAUAAGUGUUCGUUUUAUUAAAAGUUAUUCAAAGUGUGUGAUUUGUAAGUGUUGAUGUAGGUGAUUUUUUAUUAUGCCCCCACUGUAUUUUACGGGCGGGGAAAAGGGGCACAUAGAUUUGUUGUUCGCUCUUUAUUCCAUCCGUGGCACUUUCUUGUCGCGUGGUACUCAACAUGUAUUGAUGCUUAUUUGUCCAUGUUAAAGUUGAAUUAUUUCACAGUCGAAACAUUGAAUGAAAAUUAUACGUUUUGAUAUUGCUCAAUGCCCAAUGAACAAGAAAUGACAAUUAUUAUAUAUUAUCUAAUCGAAUGUUACAAUAUAUGUGUGAUUCCAAAACUUGAUUACUAUUGUUGUAAUAUUUGUUUGGAAACUAAAUCCAUCUUAAUUUUAUGUUUUGUAUCUACAUGUACAUACAUAAUUGUAUUUCUUAAAUAUUGUAUCACUUAACCAUUUUAUGUGUGCAUUAUUUUAUUAUUGAGACCAUUUUGUCACAGUUUUGUUUAAAAAAUGUUGUUGUUUUUUGGAUAGCAAGUACUAUAUUAAGAGUUUCAUAUUUUAAUAUUCAUUUCACCUCAUUAUCAUUUUAAGGUCGCCCUUGAACUAAGAGUUAAUAGAAAUCAACCAUUGUUGGGUAAAUAAAUAAUUGUGUAUUCGGAAAAAUUAUACUCCGUAUAGUAUAAAACUCAUUGUCUAUAUUAACAAGUUUUAUAUACAAGUUUUGAAAUAUUAUAUUUAUAAUUAUGUAUUUGACUUUUGGUGUCUUCAUUUUUUCUAUUGAAUGAAAGUUAGACACAUACUAUGAAUUGUGACCAGUACAAAGGUAAAAAACGACAGUAAAAGUAUUCGGGCUUCCUUGCUGUGUUUAUAUGUCCGACUUUUAAAAGAAAAUAUAGGUCAAUAAAACAACUUACCCUCUACCGUGCGAUAGGACUAAUAGCACUUAAUUGGACUAGGAAAGCACUGUAUAAACAAAUGCCAUAUGUAACAUGAAUGCGUUUAACAUAACAUAAAACAUAAACAUAACACAAUAUAAAUUUAAAUCUUUAACGGAUGUAAAGGUUAUCUUCUGUAAUUCGAUUAAUUAUCAUUUUCAUUUGAUUUUAAAUUUACCAAACGACAAUUUAAAAUGACACAAUUUAUGAAUAUUAUUGUUAUGAGUACGGCAUGCUUCUGACUACUUAUGUUCUACACGUAGAACUUUAUAAUAAGUGGCUUUGUACUUGUAUAUCACCUUAUAAAUAUAGAUUGUAUUCGAUUACUGUGUGCACUGGAGGGUUUAUCUUGAUACAAAGUGCCAUACGUUUUUAUUGUCUCUGAAUUAUAUAAAGUACAAAAUAAUUGACAGUAAAGUAUAAAUUAAUGAAGUAUAAUGAAAUACAGUAUCUUUACUUGAUAUUUACAAAAAUUUAUUGCGUGUAAUACAUUGUUAUUUUGGUUAUAAUCCACGUUGUAUAGUGUUUUAUGUUUUGCAAGUUUCUCUUAUUUUCUCUGAAUUAAACAAAGUAUCAUAGUAUUGAUAAAGUAUAAUAUGUAAAGUAUAAUGAAAUAUUUACAGCAUGUUAUAAUAGAUUUCAGGUAUAGCCAUUUCAAUGUUGAUGACUUGACCUUUUUAUUUUAAGAUAUAUAUAAAUACGUAAAGCAAUACAGUAAUCUCAUACCAGUCACAUCUCUCAUUCAGUAUAAACAUCUUGUGCAUAUCCCUCAUAGUCAUUCCACAAUACAUGGGAUAAGCAUUUCAUACACCAAUUUAUUUUCAUUUGUUACUGAAAAAGAAAAAUUAAUGUGUUUAUUAGUAUUGAUUUAAGUAUAUAGAAAUUAGUUGUUACUAUUUUUAGUAACAAUUCACCGACAUAAAUCCUGGGGUAAACGUUGAUCGUUCAUAAUGUUCGUAGAUUUUAGGAACAGUUUUACAAUCCAAUUUUAUGUACUUUUAAAGUAAGUUAGUUCGUGAUUUUGGUUUUUAGGCAGGCAGAAUAACAUACAAACAGAAGAAGGUAUGGACGGUAGGACAAAGGCGGAAAAUAUAUUCUUAUUAAAUGUCAUAAUAUAUUAUUACCAUUGUUCUAUAUUUUGAAAUAAUGACCUUACCUUUGACCUCUGGUGAAAAUAUAAGGUACAGGAGUGCAUAUUACUGCCGUUGUCUUUUGAGUUAUACGGAGUGUUGUGAAAUUAUAUUCCAAAGCACCGGUAGAGGAAUGAAUCUUUUUGAUCGAUAUUGUACCAUAUAAAGCAUUGGCGAUGCCUUACAUUUGUAUUAUAUGCUAUAUGAAGUAUAUUUAUUAAAUAGACCAGACUCCAAUUAUUUUAAUCAAAAUAGUUAAACAUUAUAAUAAACAGAUACAUGUCUAGUUAAGAUAAUUAAGAAUUUAAGUUUGUAGUUUUGUUUGUGCUUUAUUUACGCUACAUGUAAUAUAUUGUCGAUGAAUAAAUAAACGCGCUUAACUGUG